AUGCGUGCAUCAUUCACGUGCUCCUCAUUAUCAUGUCGAGUUCCAGUUACUGAGGCUACUUAUGGACGUAGUAGGCUUAAUACGGCGACCGGUAUUGAACGACCAAAUUCUGGUGGUAGUGCAGCGAUGAUUGUUCGAGGUAAUAGAUGUCAUAGUCGGAAGUGUACCGAACAGGUUCGAAGUAAUGAUAGCUUACUGACAGACUGUCGACAGCAUGAAGAUGGUUGUUUCUCGUCACAUUUACGAUGGCUUUCAAUGAAAGAAUUUAAAGAGAAUCGUUCACAAUUUGAUUCACGUCCGGUUGUUUAUGUUCCAGUACUUUGCGAAACAGUUUGUGAUACAAAUACUCAUUGUGCCGUUACAAGCAAUAUGAAAAAUGAUGAUAGUAAUAAUCAUAUCAGCAAACCGUCAUCAUCAUCAUCACCGUCACCAUCAUCCUCAUCAUUGUUACAGCAAACAUCUACUACCACUUCCCCUGCUAAGUCUACAUUUGCAUCUGCUAAUAAUGUAGAUAUUGUUGUUAGUGGUUGUACAUUAAUUCCAAUGAAUCAUAGUACGGAUAUGAUUACACAUCGAUCGACGAGCACGAAAUCUGAAGAGGAGGAGGAAAAGGUUGAAAAAAUAAAGGAUGAAAUUAUCACGGGUCUCUCAUCUCAAUUAGUACUUCUUUUGUUUGUGUAG